AACAUAGGCUGUUACAUUGAUUUACAUUUUUUUUAAAACAUAGAUUUAAUUCUUCCCAACGACUUCUGAUUAUUUUUUAAAAGGUACAAUGGCCUGACAUGGACUUUUUUAAACUGAAACAUACUGUGUUGACCGGAGAACAUUUUAUUUACAGAUGUAUUGUCCAUUAAUCACAUUUGAGGCACCUUUUUAGCCUACUGCACUUUAACAGCACUAUUUUAUAAACACCACCUAUUUAGUUGAUUCAUUUUCUAAUAUCAUCUGUUUUUAAGUGAAAAUCUCAAAAGGUUCUCAUUUAUAUAAAUGUCUGUUAAGUCCCUAUUUAUCCCUGAAGGAGAUAACACAAUGCUUUUUCGUACCAUUUUGAAUGCAAUACUUUUACUUGUAACGGAGUAUUUCUACACUCUGGUACUUCUGCUUUUAAGUACAAGAUCUGAGUACUUCUUCCACCUCUGGAGAAAGGAAGCGUUACGAGGUGCCCCUGAACGCAGCACCAGUCCCGUUCCUGCGGAGACUCCGGUCCACGCUUCGGUCCUGGUUUAGCAUCGUCCCGGACUCCAUGUUGUUCCGAGAGCCACGAACAAGUGCCGAAAACUCUCACGUUGCAACUCUGUGUGUGCGAGUAGUAAAGUGUGUGUGUGCGUGUGAGUGUGUUGACCCUCCGAAAGAAGAUGGCAGACUACCGGGAAGACACCGGAGCUCGGGCUCUGCUGGCUCUACAGUCGGCACCAUGCAGUCCCGUGCGCGUCGGGGUGACCUCGCACUAUCUCCAGCCCUCGCUCGCCCUCUCGGGUCCUGCGUUGAUGGAUGCCCGCGCCGAUGCCGGGAUUUUCCCCGGGCGCCUCGCUUGUCCUGCUCCCCAGGCCCUGGCCAGACUGGAGGGCCGGGACUUUGAGUUCUUGAUGCGCCAGAGGACGGUCACCAUAGGCCGGAACUCGUCUCACGGCUCCGUGGAUAUCAACAUGGGUCACUCGAGCUUCAUUUCACGGCGACACCUGCAGGUCACAUGUGACGAGGCGAACGGGUUCUCCCUCCGGUGCUUGGGCAAGAAUGGCGUGUUCGUUGACGGGGUUUUCCAGCGGAGAGGGGCUCCGCCGCUGCUGCUACCCAGAGAGUGUGUGUUUCGUUUUCCAAGUACUGUCAUCAAGAUCCAGUUCAUGUCACUCCUGCAGCACGAGGAGCACAGAGAGCGGGAGCAGCUGUCUCUUCCUCCUCGCCCGCUGCUGCCCCACAUUUCCCCCCUCAAAAUCAGCAUUCCCACAAUGCAGCAGCAUGAAGAGCACAUCCGGGCAUUUGGCUCUCCGCUGCCUUCGCCCACAGGCACUAUCAGUGUUCCUAAUUCCUGUCCGGUUAGUCCUCGAGGAGCAGGGUCAUCAGGGUAUCAUCGCUAUGGACGCAACGUGACCUCUGACCUCCAGUUAGCAGCUGAAUGCGCUGCUAAGGCUGUUUCUGAACAAAGACGAAACAUUGCCGAGCCGAGAGGGGGGGGCGGCGGCGGCGAGCCGCGGGGGGAGUCGGCUGGUGGAGACAGCCCCAAGGAUGAGUCCAAGCCACCUUAUUCCUACGCACAGCUGAUCGUCCAGGCCAUCUCGUCGGCGCAGGACAAACAGCUGACUCUCAGUGGCAUCUACGCCCACAUCACCAAACACUACCCCUACUACCGCACUGCAGACAAGGGAUGGCAGAACUCAAUCAGACACAACCUGUCUCUCAACCGAUACUUCCUGAAAGUGGCCCGCUCUCAGGACGAGCCGGGGAAAGGGAGCUUUUGGCGCGUGGAUUCUGCUUCUGAGAGCAAGUUGGUGGAGCAAGCCUUUAGGAAAAGACGGCAACGAGGAGUGGCCUGCUUUAGGACGCCAUUUGGACCUCUGUCUUCUAGGAGUGCUCCUGCGUCCCCGACCCACCAGGGGCUCCUGUCCCCCCCCUCCAGUGGGCUGCAGACUCCUGAGUGUCUGAGCAGGGACGGCUCUCCCAUCUCCCACGACCACCACGAACAGCUGGCUCACAAGCUGGCUUCUGUACCCGAGUAUAGGUACUCUCAAAGUGCCCCAGGAUCUCCAGUCAGUGGUCAGCACGUCAUCAUGGCGGCCCCCACCCACACCUCAAUGCUGCCCUCAGGCCCGGGGAAAGCCCUCGCUUUCAUUCCAGGUGGGGGCCACAUUCAGCCCCUCCACCUCCUGCAGAGCCCCACCCAGUCCUCCGUCACCAUGCUGCGGGUCGUCACCAGCACCCCGCUGACCUCCCACCCCCCCAAUGGAUACAGCGCUGGAGGAGCAGAGGGCCACAGUGAGCUCAGAGACGCCCAGCUGACCAGGGAGCGGGUGAUCCAGACCGUGGACAGUGCGGUGCAGGGCGGGGACGGCAGGAACCUGGUCCUCGGUUUACAUCAACUUCCUGUUCGUCCUGUUACUCAGAAUGGCAAACACACCACUGCUGCUGCUGUUGCCACAGUAACCAGCUUUGCUAAUGCAUCUGGCCUGAGCAGUCCUCUGCAGAUCCUGGCUGCCCAGGCCUCCAGCUCCCCCCCGGUGCUGCUGAGCCGACAGCCGGGUGCAGAGUCGUUAUCCGAGCACCCCGGGGAGCCGCAGUCCAAGCGGCCGAAGAUGGAGGACGGGGGCGGCCUUGAAUCUGCUCAGCAUCAAGUCACGCCGGCUCAGCAGCCUGUCAUCGUUGCCAUGACAACACAAAACCACGACCCCAGGAAGUAAAGCCCAGGGUCUCUUACAGGUACCCGAUGGACCGCCUGCUCACGGCCCCUAACUGCUUCGUCUUUUAUACUCAUUUGAUAUGACUGCAGCCGUCACGGCCAAUGUACAGGCAGCCUCUCUCAACAGAAGGGAAAUAAAUUGUAAGGAAAAUAUAUUUUGGUCAAAAAUAGAUAAAAAAAACGUUCAAUACAUUCUGAAUGUAAAAAGCAAGUAAAUCUUUCAGGACUUUUUCAGCUUUACAGUCUUUUUAAUGUAAUCCUUCAUUCACUGAAAACACAGAUAUUAAGCUUACGAGAGCAUUAUGCAUAUUAAAUCAUUUGAGCACUACUUUACUACGUGAAUGUUGGAUCAUAUCUCUCAUCAGUUUCUCUCUCAGGCCAAAGAACUCUCCGGCACUUCUGAUCAGUCACUGCCUGAUUUAGAAACCAGGGCAAGUGUGUUCAGAGAUUUGAAAUGGCUGGCAUUUACAGAAGAAACUGUGACGAUCAGAGUUUAUAUAUUUUGUAGUGUCACACAAACCAUGGACAGAAAUAUGGAGAGGACUUAACUGUGUGUACCCAGACCAUUUGAUGGGGCUUGGGAGACUGUUAAAAAUAUGAUUGUACUUUUUCAUAAAGCAAUCCCUACUGAAAAAAAGAUUUUCUCUUGAGUAAAGAAAAGAAAGAUGUUAACAUAAAGACUGAGACCAGAAUGUGAAAUUGUCUAUCCUUCUUGCUUUUCUCUGGAAAGCAUACAACAAAAAAGAAAUUGGGUAUUGUUUUGGAAGAUAUGAGGAGAUCCAGGAAUGAAAAAACAGGACUCGGCCGUUUUUGCUUCACUUCAGCUCAGAUCGGUUUAUCAGUGUGAAGCAGGCUCGAGAGGAUCCGUGUGAUUGGACAGCAGACGGGCGAAACAAGAGGCAUCUAUUUGGAGUUGAUUGAAGUGGAGCUAACCUAAUGUAGACAAACUGAUUGUUGUUUUAAUUUUUUUUCUUUCGUUUCAGUAGUGGCAAAAGGAGAAAUGGAACAGCCUGUGCGUACACUUUUGUUUGUCUUAGCACAGAAAAGCAUUAUUGUAAUAAUCCUUAAAGCCUUAAAUAUUUCUACUUUGUCAUUUUAUUUUAACCUUUAGACAGCUUUACCUUUUUUUUAGAUUGUAAACAAAGCGCUUCUUUAACAGUACAAUGAUCGGCAACACUACAGUGGUGACAGUAAUGUCAGCAUCCGUAGACUUAUCAGGGGAAGGGCGGGACCAACACAUGACCACACAUUUCAACUGCUUUUUUCUUUCUUUCUUUCUGUAUGGUACUUUUGACAUAUUUUCUACUCUUGGCUCCCCACUCUUUUGCUUUCAGUUUCCUGUAAAAGCAUGAACCUUUCUCCCAAUCUACCUCUGUCCCUCUCCUCAGUGAGCAGUCUCUAAAGGCUCAUCACACUGUUUGCAGUCCUUGUCACAGACACUGCCUCAGCUUUAUACUCUUCAGCACUUUCUCCCCCCCCCCCCGUCUCUUAUCUCUCACUGCCUUUAGCUUUCCCCAACCUCCUCGCACAGGCCUCAUUUUUAGCUGGCAAUCAGGCACAAUUUGUGCAAGAUUUCAGUGAUUGUUGUUGCACAUUAUUAGAAAACAAACAAAAAAAGAUGCGUAAUGAUUGUAUGCUGCUCUAUCUGCUAAAUGACAAAGCUAUUUAGAAGGUAUUUUUUCUGAUUUUUGGAAAAAAGAAAAAAUAUUUUGCUAUUUUUAAAAACAGCUGUCAUCAAUACGUAAACAUUCUGGAAAUAGAGAAGUAUAUGUAUUUUUAAAUGUUCCUGUUUUUGUGAUUUGUUAAAAUGUGUAGCACAAAUUAAAAUUCCUCAUUGACUUAAA